AUGGCUGCUGUUACAAAUAAUACAGCAAUAUCAAACUCAGUCCCAACAUCCACUCGUUUCACUGAUGAAUAUGAUCUUAAAGAAGAACUUGGCAAAGGUGCAUUUUCAAUUGUAAAACGAUGUAUACAAAAAAGUUCUGGACAAGAAUUUGCUGCAAAAAUUAUUAAUACAAAAAAAUUAUCCACUCGAGAUCAUCAAAAACUCGAAAGAGAAGGUCGUAUUUGUCGACAAUUAAAACAUCCUAAUAUUGUUCGUCUUCAUGAUAGUAUUCCUGAAGAAAAUUUUCAUUAUUUAAUAUUCGAUCUAGUUACCGGUGGUGAAUUAUUUGAAGAUAUUGUUGCUCGAGAAUUUUAUAGUGAAGCAGAUGCCAGUCAUUGUAUUCAACAAGUACUUGAAGCUGUACGGCAUUGUCAUGAAAGUAAUAUUGUACAUAGAGAUUUAAAACCGGAAAAUCUUUUACUUGCUAGUAAAACAAAAGGUGCAGCUGUCAAACUUGCUGAUUUUGGUCUUGCCAUUGAAGUCAAUGGUGAACAAACACAGUGGUAUGGUUUUGCUGGAACUCCAGGUUAUCUUAGUCCUGAAGUACUUAAAAAAGAACCCUAUGGUAAACCUGUCGAUAUAUGGGCAUGUGGCGUUAUUUUAUAUAUUCUCCUUGUCGGUUAUCCACCAUUUUGGGAUGAAGAUCAACAUCGUUUAUAUAAUCAAAUAAAAGCUGGCGCUUAUGAUUAUCCAUCACCUGAAUGGGAUACAGUAACAACUGAAGCAAAACGUUUAAUUGAUUCAAUGCUUAAUAUUAACCCAAGUCGACGUAUCAGUGCAACUGAUGCUCUUAAACAUCCAUGGAUUUGUCAACGAGAACGCGUUGCUGGUACAAUUCAUCGACAAGAGACUGUUGAUUGCUUACGUAAAUUCAAUGCACGACGAAAAUUAAAGGGAGCUAUUUUAUCAACAAUGUUUGUCAAUCGUACUUUAAUACCUAAUGCAGGUAUAUUUGCAACUGGGACUGGUGGUGUACAAUCAACAACUAAUGGUAAAAAACCAUCAACCGGUGUCGGAGCGAUUUCACCGAGUACAAGUCCGAUUAUAUCAGCUUCUGCUAGUGGAGGUAAUCGUUCUCGACCAACAACUCAAAGUGGUAAUAGUGCUAUUAAAGAAUCAGCCGAUAGUAAUAGUGCAACUAUUGAUGAAAUUAAUGAUAUUGAUCGAUUAAAUAUCAAUACCAUAGCUGAAAAGAAGAUACAAUUAUGCAUACCUAAAGCAGAAAAUCGAAGUUUAGAAAUAACUAAAGUAACCGAACAAUUAUUACAAGCAAUUGCAAAUAGUGAUUAUGAAAUGUAUAAAUCAUUAUGCGAUCCAAAAAUAACUUGUUUUGAACCUGAAACUAUAGGAAAUCUUGUUGAAGGUCUUGAUUUUCAUAAAUUUUAUUUUGAUACAGGAAAAUUUGCUCGUUCCGAUACAGUCUUAUCGCCUAAAGCAAGUAAAUCAACAAUUAAUUGUACAAUGUUAACACCAGUUGUACAUACAUUAGGAGAUGAAUCAGCUUGUAUAGCUUAUAUUUUACUUCUUCAAUAUAUUGAUCGAAAUGGUCAACCACAAAGUGUUCGAACAGAAGAAACUCGUGUAUGGCAUAAAAAAGAUACUCGUUGGCAAUGUGUUCAUUUUCAUCGUUCUGGUAUGCCAGUUGCUGCAGCGCUAAAAUCUUCAUUUUCAAUUGUUGUUGCUCAUUCAUUUAUCUAUCAUAGUUUUAUGCGAGACACUUUAACAUUAACAUUUGCAAAUGAUGAUCCAUCAUUACAACGAUAUCGUGGUCAUAUUUUAAAAAAUAAUGGAAAAUAUGAAAUAAUUACAGAAUUAGCAAGUUCUUAUAAAGAACCUAAUAUAAAUGUAAAUUAUAUCUUAGCAACUGGAUUUUGGGAUCAAACUUAUAAUAAAACUGGUUGGUCUGUAUUAGAAAUAAAAACAUCUGAUAAUCAAACAAAUAUUGAACAAGUGUAUUCAGCUGGAUUACUUGAAGGACAAUUUACACGAGAAUUAACUAGUAUGCAAUGGCAAAAUAAUAUAAAUGAUGUUUGUGCUAAUAAAACAACAUUUUGUGGUUAUCUUAAACAAUUUUUUCAAAUUCAACUUGAUUGGAUGUAUACACAAAUUGAUAGUUAUCCUGAUGAUGAAUAUUGGCAUCAAGUAAAUUUACUUCUUGUUCAACUCAAUGGUCUCAUUGAUGGAAAUCAAAAUAAUCCACGUGGACCAAGAAAAGAACUUGAUGAUCCACUUGGAUUUUUUCUAUUUCAAGUAGUUGAAUCUAUCGGUGAUCUAGCUGAUCGUUUUAAUAUACCAAAUGUUGAACGACAUGAUAGUUGUUCAGCAUUAAUUAAAAUUUUACCAAAUAAUAGUGAUAUAUUUAUAUCACAUGCUGAUUGGAGUAAUUAUAGAACAAUGUUAAAAGUAAUUAAACGUUAUAUAAUGCCAUUAAAACGAUCAACAGCUACAGGAAGUACUCUUAUUCCGGGUGCUGAUAUGGUUUUUUCAUCAUAUCCAGGAACACUUCAUUCAGUUGAUGAUUUUUAUAUGACACGUCCAGCUCAUAUGACAAUAAUCGAAACAACAAUUGUUAAUAGUAAUCAAGAUUUAUUACAUAAUAUUAUUCCAAUUUCUGUACCAGAAUGGAUUCGUAUUAUUGUUGCUAAUCGUCUAGCUAAUUCUGGUCGUGAAUGGAUUGAUAAAUUUUUUCUUUAUAAUGAUGGAACAUAUAAUAAUCAAUGGAUGAUUACUGAUUUUAAACGAUUUACACCUGGACAAUUACCAAAAUCUGAAUUUUUAAUGGUUGCUGAACAAUUAAUAACUGAUUUUGAAUCACAAGAUAUGACUGAUACAUUAAUUAAUAAUACUUAUUGGGCAUCAUAUAAUAAUGUUUAUUUUCCACGUUUUCGAAAUUUAUCAGGUGAAGAAGCAAUGGUUCAACAAAAAGGACCAGAAUUAUAUUCAUGGAAAAAUUCAUCACGUGCAAGAAUAUUUGCACGUGAUCAUAUUAAAGUUGUUGAUCUUCCAUCUAUGAUUCAUAUGAUGAGAUAUAAUGAUUUUCAACAUGAUCCUUUAUCAGCAUGUAAUUGUACUCCACCAUAUUCAUCAGAAUUAACAAUUGCUGCACGAUGUGAUCUUAAUCCAUCUAAUGGAACUUAUCCAGAUCCACCACUAGGACAUCGUGUUCAUGGUGCAACAGAUGCUAAAAUUACUAACUAUGCAAUGAUGCAAAACUUUACACUUGUUGCUAUUGCUGGUCCAACAUCAGAUAAUCAACCACCAUUUGUUUGGAGUGAAUCAGAUUUCAAUACACAAGUAUCACAUGUUGGUCAUCCAGAUAAAUGGGAUUUUGGACCAUUUACACCAACAUGGAUGUUUGAUCGAGAUAUGUUCAAAAAUACAUUUCAAAGCGGCUUUCUUUCAAUAUUAUAUAGUAUCGGUAGUAAACCAUUACAGAUUUGGGAUAAAAAAGUACGUAAUGGACAUAUCAAAAGAAUAACAGAUAAUGAAAUUCAAUCACUAGUUUUGGAAAUCGUUGGUACUAAUGUUAGUACAACAUAUAUAACAUGUCCAGCUGAUCCAAAAAAAACACUUGGGAUUAAAUUACCAUUUCUAGUUAUGAUUAUAAAAAAUUUAAAAAAAUAUUUUACAUUUGAAGUACAAGUUCUUGAUGAUCGAAAUGUUCGUCGACGUUUUCGUGCUAGUAAUUAUCAAUCAACAACACGUGUUAAACCAUUUAUAUGUACAAUGCCAAUGCGUUUGGAUGAUGGAUGGAAUCAAAUUCAAUUUAAUUUAUCUGAUUUUACACGACGUGCUUAUGGUACCAAUUAUAUUGAAACCCUUCGAGUUCAAAUUCAUGCUAAUUGUCGUAUUCGACGUGUUUACUUUUCGGAUCGACUUUAUUCAGAAGAUGAAUUACCACCGGAAUUUAAAUUAUAUUUACCGGUUCAAAAGAAAUAA